GGCUCCGCCUCAUCAAUAACACACACACACACACACACACACGGAGCUCCACUCAUCCUGACGGCUUGAGAAUCUGCGCACAAAAGCCGUGAUCAGAGCGAUGGAGGCCGGCCCGGAGCCCGAGAGCGCCCGCAGCGCCGCACAGAGACGCGCGGAGAUCCGCAGGAGGAAACUGCUGAACAACUCCGAGGACAGAAUGAACAGAAUAGUGGGAUUCAGCAAGAGCGACGCGGACAGCGGAGGAGACCGAGGUGUGGGGGUCCUGCAUCUGGAUCUGGAUCAUCAUGAGUGGUCAUCGUCCUCAAAGCGAGCGUCUCCGGCUGAUAGCGGUGUGUGUGAGUCUGUGAGCGAGCGCGGUGUGGAGUCAGCGGCUGUGCGGUCUCUCAGUGCAGACGGUGAGCGCUCCGCAUCGCCCCGCCGCGGCCUGCAGGCGUACCUGUCCCGCUUCGACGACGCCAUGAAGCUGCGCGGCCAGCUGGCCAAUGAGAAGGCGGCGCAGGACAGCGGAGCGCAGCCGGAGGAGCUGGACGCUUUCCGCGUCUUCCGCAUCACCGCCAGCGUCACGCUCGCCGUCUUCGUGCGCAUCUUCGUCUGCCAGUAUUUGUCUGUAUUUGCACCGUUCCUCACGCUGGAGCUGGGCUUCAUGGGAUUGCACAAGUACUUCCCGAAGGUGGAGAAGAAGCCUCAGACCACCAUGCUGACGGCUGCGCUCCUGCUGUCCGGGAUCCCCGCGGAGGUGAUCAGCCGCUCCAUGGACACCUACAGGAAGAUGAGCGACGUCUUCUCUGACCUGUGUGUGUACUUCUUCAGCUUCAUCAUGAGCCACGAGCUGCUGCUGCUGUUCGGCUCACACACCGCCUGAGGGGGGACUGCUGCACACACACACACACACACACACACACACACACAGAGAGAGAGAGAUGAGUGGUGUGGGAGAUGGUCUUCUAGUUCCCUCAUCAGCUGUAGUGUGUUCCUGCUGUGUUUCAUCUCCAGUGUCGCUCAUGCUGCAGGAGUGUGUGUGUGUGUUCGUGAGUAUGUGCAUGCAUGCAUGCGUGUGUGUGUGUGUCUGCGCGCACAUACAAAUGUGUGUGCACAUGUAUCUGUGUGUGCCUGAGAGUAUGUGUGUGUGCAUGAAUGUGUAAGUGUGUGUGUGUGCGUGUGUGUGUGUGUGUGUGUGUGUGUGUGUGUGUGUUGACCACUGUCACACUAGUGAAGGUCUGAGCAGUGUUUCAGAUGCUCCUCAUCAAUCCAAAGACACUUAGUGCGUGUGCGUGCGUGGGUGUGCGCGUGUGUGUGUGUGUGUGUGAUGAUGAUGAUGAUGAUCCUGUGUGAGCCGCCGCUGCUGCUUCUGGAUCCACUGAACCAGCCUGAACUCAGCAGAUACUGACUGAUCCUGAGUGUGUGUGACCUGCAGGACCCCUGUGUGUGUGUGUGUGUGGGUGUGUGUGUGUGCAGUAACGCAGUGUUUAUAGUGUGUUGAUCUGGUGUGUGUGUGUGUUUCUCCUCAGUAAUAGUGAUCCAGUAGCUCAUCCUUCAUGCUGGUUUCUGCUUUCUCUCCUGCUCUCCUGGUCUGAGUGUGUCCCUGAUCCUGUCAAACUGACGUGUGUGUGUGUGUGUGUGUGUGUGUGUGUUUCCUGAUUUCUUUAGAAGUGUUAAUGAAGCUCUUACGACGUGUCGCUGGCUGUGAUUAUUGUAAUAAUACUUUUGAUUAUCAAGCAGAAACAAUAAACAUAAGAGUGUGUUUCCGA